GGACCGGCGCGGGGGCGGGAGAGCGCAGCGCGGCGGAAGCCGGAGACCGCGGGAGGGCCGGUGGCCGGCCCCGGGCGGGAGCCGGGGCGGCGGCGGCAGCAGCGGCCGAGAGGACCGCGGCGAGGAAAGCGCAUCCAGCGGCCCCGGCGGCGGCGGCGGCGGCGGCGGGGGCCCGGGUCCGCGCGCCCGGGCGGCCGGCGGGCACGGGCUGGCGCGAUGGAGCCGCAGCACGUGCGCCCCGCGUCCGGCGCCCGCAGCCCGGCCUGGGAGGAACCGGAGUCAGAGAGGAUGGCCGGGGCCGGCAGCCAGCACCACCCUCCGGGCGCCGCGGGAGGAGCGGCCGCCGGGGCCAGCGCCGCGGUCAACCCCGCCACCGCCUCGGCGGGGCCUGGAGAGGAUUCUUCUGACAGUGAAGCGGAGCAAGAGGGACCCCAGAAACUGAUCCGCAAAGUGUCCACCUCCGGGCAGAUCCGGACCAAGACCAGUAUUAAAGAGGGACAACUGUUGAAGCAAACCAGUUCUUUCCAAAGGUGGAAAAAGCGAUACUUCAAACUUCGAGGUCGUACACUUUAUUAUGCAAAGGACUCAAAGUCUCUGAUAUUUGAUGAAGUUGACCUCUCAGAUGCCAGUGUAGCUGAAGCCAGCACAAAAAAUGCUAACAACAGCUUCACGAUAAUCACUCCAUUCAGAAGACUCAUGCUGUGUGCUGAGAACAGAAAAGAGAUGGAGGAUUGGAUCAGCUCGCUCAAGUCUGUACAGACCAGAGACCCUUACGAGGUGGCCCAGUUUAAUGUGGAACAUUUCUCAGGGAUGCAUAACUGGUACGCCUGCUCCCAUGCCCGACCCACUUUCUGUAACGUGUGCCGAGAGAGUCUUUCUGGAGUCACCUCCCACGGCCUGUCCUGCGAAGUGUGUAAAUUCAAAGCUCAUAAAAGGUGUGCAGUGAGAGCGACAAAUAACUGCAAAUGGACGACCUUGGCCUCCAUCGGGAAGGACAUCAUAGAGGACGAAGAUGGCGUGGCCAUGCCCCACCAGUGGCUCGAGGGUAACUUGCCUGUGAGCGCCAAGUGUGCUGUCUGUGACAAAACAUGCGGCAGUGUCCUCCGUCUUCAGGACUGGAAAUGCCUCUGGUGUAAAACGAUGGUACACACUGCCUGCAAAGAUUUGUACCAUCCUAUCUGUCCACUUGGCCAGUGUAAAGUAUCUGUCAUCCCUCCAAUUGCACUAAACAGCACCGAUUCUGAUGGUUUCUGUAGAGCCACGUUUUCAUUCUGUGUUAGUCCUCUAUUGGUUUUUGUCAACUCUAAGAGUGGAGAUAAUCAGGGAGUAAAGUUUCUUCGGCGAUUUAAACAGUUACUAAAUCCGGCUCAGGUGUUUGAUUUAAUGAAUGGAGGUCCUCAUUUAGGUUUAAGAUUAUUCCAAAAGUUCGACAAUUUCCGGAUUCUCGUUUGCGGAGGAGACGGCAGUGUGGGUUGGGUUUUGUCAGAAAUCGACAAGCUCAACUUGAAUAAACAGUGUCAGCUGGGAGUCCUGCCUCUGGGGACAGGCAACGACCUGGCCCGGGUUCUUGGCUGGGGCGGCUCCUACGAUGACGACACCCAACUUCCUCAGAUACUUGAGAAGCUGGAACGAGCCAGUACCAAAAUGCUGGACAGGUGGAGUAUAAUGACCUAUGAACUCAAGCUGCCACCAAAGGCUUCUCUACUUCCCGAACCUCCGGAAGCAUCUGAUGAAUUUUAUAUGACAAUUUAUGAAGACUCAGUGGCAGCUCAUCUUACAAAAAUCCUCAAUUCUGAUGAACAUGCAGUGGUCAUAUCAUCUGCCAAGAUACUUUGCGAAACCGUAAAGGACUUUGUUGCCAAAGUAGAGAAGGCACAUGAAAAAACGCUGGACAAAGCUGUUGUAGCCGACGCCGUGGCCAGUAAAUGUUCGGUCCUAAAUGAGAAGCUGGAACAGCUGCUGCAGGCUUUGCACACAGAUUCCCAGGCUGCCUCCGUUCUCCCGGGCCUCAGCCCUCUCAUCGUGGAAGAAGAUCCUGUGGAAUCUUCCAGUGAAGAAUCUUUGUGCGAAAGCCGGGAACAGCUCUUGGACGACACUCCAAAACCUUCGUCCCAGAAAGCCAUCAAACCCAGGGAGAUAAUGCUGCGAGCAAACAGUUUAAAGAAGGCAGUGAGGCAAGUCAUUGAAGAGGCUGGAAAAGUUAUGGAUGACCAGACGGUUCAUGCCUCUGAACCAGUUAAUCAGUCAUUCGAUUAUGACAGCACAGAAACAGAUGAGUCUAAGGAAGAAUCAAAAGAAGAUGAUGCAAAAGAGUCCGUAACUGUUAAAACUGCACCUCGGUCUCCAGAUGGCCGGGCAAGUCGUCCCCAAACCGACUCUGGCCCUGGUCCAGCUGUGGCAGCCAGCAAAGAAAACCUCCCUGUGCUCAAUACCAGAAUAAUCUGCCCAGGUUUAAGAGCAGGACUAGCUGCCUCCAUUGCUGGGAGUUCUAUUAUCAACAAAAUGUUACUAGCAAAUAUCGAUCCUUUUGGUGCAACGCCAUUUAUUGACCCAGAUCCAGAUUCCGUAGAUGGAUAUUCAGAAAAAUGUGUCAUGAACAAUUACUUUGGGAUUGGUUUGGAUGCCAAAAUUUCUUUAGAAUUUAAUAAUAAGAGAGAGGAGCACCCUGAAAAAUGCAGGAGCCGAACUAAAAACUUGAUGUGGUAUGGAGUCCUGGGAACCAGAGAGUUAUUACAGAGAUCAUACAAGAAUUUGGAACAGAGGGUUCAACUUGAGUGUGAUGGGCAAUACAUUCCUCUUCCCAGUCUUCAAGGAAUAGCAGUGCUGAACAUUCCCAGCUAUGCCGGAGGCACUAACUUCUGGGGUGGAACGAAGGAAGACGAUAUAUUUGCUGCACCGUCAUUUGAUGACAAGAUCCUGGAAGUUGUUGCAAUAUUUGACAGCAUGCAAAUGGCAGUUUCAAGGGUCAUUAAACUGCAGCACCAUCGAAUAGCUCAGUGCCGUACGGUAAAAAUCACUAUAUUUGGUGAUGAGGGAGUUCCAGUGCAGGUGGAUGGAGAAGCGUGGGUUCAGCCUCCAGGGAUCAUCAAAAUUGUGCACAAAAACAGAGCCCAGAUGCUCACAAGGGACCGGGCUUUCGAAAGCACUUUGAAAUCUUGGGAAGAUAAGCAGAAGGGUGAUUCCGGUAAACCCAUGCUUCGAACCCAUUUGUACAUCCAGCAGGCAGCUGACCUGGCGACGGAAGAGGUGUCUCAGAUGCAGCUGUGCUCGCAGGCUGCAGAGGAGCUCAUUACCAGGAUUUGUGAUGCAGCCACCAUCCACUGUCUUUUGGAACAGGAGCUGGCGCACGCGGUGAAUGCCUGUUCCCAUGCGCUGAACAAAGCCAACCCACGCUUCCCAGAGAGUCUUACGAGAGACACUGCCACUGAAAUAGCCAUCAAUGUGAAGGCCCUAUAUAAUGAAACAGAAUCUUUACUAGUUGGCAGGGUUCCUUUGCAGUUGGAAUCUCCACAUGAAGAGCGGGUAUCCAACGCCUUACAUUCCGUGGAGGUGGAGCUGCAGAAACUAACAGAUCCCUGGCUUUAUUACAUCUUACACCCAAAUGAGGAUGAGGAGCCCCCAAUGGAUUGCACCAAGAGAAACAGCAGAAGUACGGUCUUUCGCAUUGUGCCCAAAUUCAAAAAGGAAAAGGUUCAGAAGCAGAAGACAAGUUCACAGCCUGUUCAGAAAUGGGGCACAGAGGAAGUUGCUGCUUGGCUGGAUCUGCUCAAUUUGGGAGAGUACAAAGAAAUCUUCAUCCGUCAUGACAUCAGAGGGGCUGAACUUUUGCAUCUGGAAAGGCGAGAUCUUAAGGACCUGGGGAUACCGAAAGUGGGUCAUGUGAAGCGAAUUCUCCAGGGAAUUAAAGAGCUUGGAAGGAGCACUCCCCAGUCUGAGGUGUAAUCAUAUUGGUGCUAUUCCUUGGAAGGGAAGUGAUUGCGACUCAAUACAAAGUCCUUGGGAGCCACUGGCUGUUCUGGUAGUUUCUGCCCAGAGAAGUAAGCACCACUGAGGCACCUCGAUGGCUUGAUAUUUUGAUGCAGGUGAACAUUUUGAUUUGUGGUAUCGGAAAAUAUUUUUUUGUGCCAAAAAAAUAUAUUCCACAAAGCCAUUUUCUUAUUGUGCAAACCUGACAUGUUCAAAUAUGCUCAUAUGAGUACAAAGGUAACAGGGAGCUGAGACCAUUGACUUGGCUAAAAGGUGGAAUUGCAAAAUGUUUACUUUCUUUUAACCUGGUCAGAUGGAAUGUUCUUACUGUGCAACCACAUGACAGUAUGAGACUAAAACUUCUUGGGUUUAAUUACUGGAGGCAUUGGCUUCUCUCUUCAAAUCAUUGGCUAGAAGACUUAAGAUGUAAAUUAAGUUGUGGUUUGAAUUGGCAUCACCUCAGAUUCUUAGCACUCAGUGGUCAGAGAGUUUGGUCAAUACCCCUCAAAUACUAUGAAUGAAUGCACAUCUUAAUGCACGGUGUUCCUGCCUGAAUUGUCUUUUCUGUUUCUUGCAUGUCACAUUUAAUACGGUAACACUUAGUUUAAUGUCAGCUUUAAUGGAAUUUAAUUUAUUACUACCUAAGAACCUUUGGGUUGGCUAAAGUCACUCUUCUGUUCUUUGUUGUGGAGUUUUGCAUAAACACUCUAAGAAUUUGUGAACAUGUGUCUGUGCCCUCAUCAACAAAUGAUAGAUAGCUUAUCAAGCCAAUUUUAUACCAACCUACCACACACCGUAGGUGUGCACAUGAAAAUUCUCUGGAUAUUUUCAUGGAAUCACAUGUUCUGUUGCCUCACAAAACUUACUAUAGCUUUCCAAACCAAAAUUCCCCAAAUCUGUUCUUAUUUGUCAUUUCAAUGUAACGAUUAUUUAAUACUCUGUUUGCAUCUAUGAUACAGCAGACUCUUGACAUCCAGGAAUUUCCCCAAGGUCUCAACUGGGAUUUGUAUACUGACUGGUCACCCAGGCUUACCCACCAGCUAAAGGGACUCCUGACCUGGACUUUCCCAAACUGAGAUUUCACUAUUUCCUUUUAAGGGCUUUCCAUUAUUAUCAUUAUUAUCUGACUUAAUUCUUGUUCCCUAUCAGGUGGAUAUUAUUUCCCUUUUCUAAACCUCUACUUUAGUGUAGCUCAUGAGAAGUCAAAAUUACAAUGAUGAAAAUCUUUGAGGAGUUCCUGUCGUGGCUCAGUGGUUAACAAACCCAACUAGUAUCCAUCAGGGCCAAGGGUGUGGCCUUCAAAAGACAAAAGACAAAAAAAAAAAAAAAAAAAAUCUUCAAAAGCCAACGGCAUACAUAUCAAAAAGUCACAGAAAUAUCCUUUAAUAAACUUUCUUUAGGCAUUCUAUACCAAAAAAAUUAAUUAUGAUAUUUGAAAACCUUCUCUACGAGAGAAAUAAACAGGGUACUGACCCAGUGGUGACAAUUUUCAUAAAGUAGCUUUCUAGAUAGGUGCUUAAUAGAUAUCCAUGCACACACACAUAUAUUUACAUAUACACAUGUACGUGUAAUACACACAUAAACACAUAUUUACAUUCACACUUGCAUGUAUGUAAUCUGAAAUAUACUCUCAUUGAUAUUUUCUAGACGUUUAUUUGUCAAAGGAAGAUAAAUAUUGAUGGGAAAACACUUGAAAGGAGCUGUCGUCAGACACAUAAUUUAAUUAUAUCCAGAGGUUAAAUCUUUGACACUUGAUUCUUAUUUAUAACUUGGGCAUUUACUAGCAAAAUCACAAAUUUGGAUAUCUUACAAAUAAAUGUCCAUGGGCUCCUGACCAAGCGUGGCCUGACUCUAUAUUUUACCAAAGUUGUGAAUAAAUGAGAAUUUUCCAGAGCGAAUUGCAUCAAGUAGCUUAAAAGAGCAAAGAGCUACUCAUUUAAUUGUUUUAAUGUUAUCCCCCCUUGGGACAUCAAAAGUCUUCUUUUCCAGUCCCUUUUUAGUGUCCCCGCCCCUGCAAAAUGUCCCCCACUCUUUCAAGCAUUUCCCUGUGAAAUCAAAAUCAGUAGGUGGUCCUGGGUUCUCACAACUCUCCUGAGAUCACAGAACCCUGUCCAGCUCCACCGCAAAAAAAAAUAAAAUUAAUUUUAAAAAAAAAGGAAGGGUGGAGGUAGGAGGCAAGGAACCCUAGGAAAGAAUGAAUUACUACAAAAAUCUUUAUUGCUUUUUCCCUCCCCCCAGAUUCCCCUUUGCAGAUAGAAAAGAGUCUCACGUUAUCACGUGUUCAGAAUGUAAGAAGAUGUAAAGGAUUGGAUUCUUUAGUUGAUGUUGCCUCUUUCACUCUUCCGUAGCAUCUCUUAGGUACAUACAAUGAAUCUCAGCGAAGGGAAUCUUUAGCUAGCAUUUUCCUGCAAGGGCUUUUGAUGGGGGAAAUCCUUUACAAUGACAAUUUAGAUAUCCUGUCGGUUAGAUAGAGCACCUUCCCCGUGGGCAUUGCUGUGCUUGGCUGCGUAGGACCCCAAGGACAUCCCGCAGACCUGUUUACCACGUGGGUAGCCUCGGCACCUCCGCGGCCCCUGCCAGGCUCACAGAGGAAGCAGCUUGAGGUUGCAAUAGAAGUAGGAAGAGCUUCUCCGUGGGACCUGACCGCACCUCUGCAGUGUGAUCACACCUCUGGGGGGUGCUAGGCUUCUCUGCCCUGGUCCACACCUCGGCUGAGAUGAGAAGCUCAAGCCUGGUCCUGAUUCCCCGGCUGUACUUGCGCCUUUCCUUCCAUCCCAGCCCAUGUCCACCUUCUUUCAUGUUCCAUCGCUUCCCAUUUUCCGAGGAACAGCUUGCUUUUCACGAAGGAAAGGGUCAGGGUCAGGCCGGAAUGAAAGUUCGCAGUACUCAAUUUUUCUCUUCCGUGUGUCUUUCCACCUUACGUUCUGAGUUUCUUUCUUAUGUCCUGGCUUCCCAGUUUUCCUCAUGCCCACGGCAGGGAUGGCUGCUCCCAUUCUCACUGCCCUGUGCUACCCUUUCCUCCUCAGCUGUCCCACCACAAAAUAACUCCUUUUCUCCCACCCCACCUUGGCCCCCAUUGGGGGUCAUCUGGCCACGUGUUCAGAAGGAAAACAGUUUCAGUAAAUUGAUUGCACAGUUGACAAUCAGAAAAGGAACCUUGCUGAUUUAAAUGAAUGGGUGGAUUAGAUCAUUAGGGGACUGAGUCUUGUAUUGUUCUGGCUUAGAAGAGGUGACCCGUGAAUGUUGAGAUUUGCACUUUCCUAUCUUGUAGCCACUAGCUCCAUCUGCCUGUUUCCAUUCAUUUCAUUAGAAAUUUCAUUUCUCGUUUGCACUAGCCACAUUUCACGUGCUCAUUAACCAUGCUGACUAGUGCCAUCAUUGCCAAGAUUGUACUGGAUGGCACUGCUCUGCAUCAUUGCUGCUCAGCGUGUGGUCCACGGAGCUGCAGCAUCUGUAUCACCUUGGAACUUAGACACAUGCAGACUCCCCCGCUGACCUCCUGAGUCAAAAUCUUCCUUUUCAUAAGCUUCGUCAAGUGAUUAGCACUGGCCUAGAUGCAUUUUAUCUGUCCUAGGUAGGGAGGGAUCAAAAGUCUUCAGGCAUCCUCAAAAUCGCCUAUUCCCCAGCCCACUGUUUCCUGUCCCUUCUCCAGCUCAUCCUAGAAAUGACCUGAAACUCAUGCAUCACCCAGCUGAGUUUUCUUCUCAGCCCUUAUCCCUAAUUCGGGUUCUAGAUGGGCUCCACCUACCCAGGAUAUAUAUUGGUUCUAUUUAGGUAGGGAAGGCGUGGAACGCAGGAAAUUGGCCACCACGGCUGGCCUCUCUCCAGCCCCCCCUACACACCUAAGUCACUUACAGUCUGCAUCUGCUCAGUUUGUGGCUCGUGUGACAUUCUCAUUUGUCCACAACUUAAGUCACAGGGAACAUUUCGGAAGAAUGUGUCCUGAGUUAGGUAAAGACCGGGUCAGUUGCCAACAACUUGCACUUUUCACUUCCUCUUAUCAGUUGAUUAUUCUAUUGGCCUAGUUUAUGCUUGAGGACACAGAGCAGCACACAAACAUUAAAUGAAUCAUUAGGCAUGAAAAAAAAUGAGAGAGAAAGAGACUCAAAAUGAUUACAAAUAAAGCAAAUGUUUCAUUAAAGCCCCCAAAGAAGGCAUGUUUUAAUCAACUAAAAUCUCACUUUUUAUUAUGCUAACUUAGCCUGAUUUUCAGAUAGUUAAUAAUUCCUUAAGAUAGUGCUUGAAAAAUAAUGUAUUCUUGACUCUCAAAACACCAAUUAUUUAAUUCCAUAAUUAGAGCUUUCCCAAUGACAUAUGCUCAAUAAUCCUUUCUUUAAUUUUCACAUAGCGAUAGAAUUUACCAACACAUUACUGCCUAGAGGUUCGUGAGCCAAUUUUAAUGAAUAAAAAGGCCAGUACUUUAGUCUCCCCAGAAGUUAUGUUUAACAGGAAUUGAAGAAGGAAAUAUUCAUGCAAAGCUAUGACUUAGAAAAUUAGAAUAAAAACCUCUCUAAUCAUUUCUAGAGUGAAUUAUCCAACGGGGCUGACAACGCCGUGGACUUUUAUGUUGUACAGAUGUGAAUUCUUCAAUGAUAGCUCUUUUCAUUAAGCUGUAAAAACAUGACAUCUCUCAACCUCGAGAUCUAGGAUCUCUCCUGCUCCCUCUUCUGAAAUGAGCUUAUCUUACAUUUUUCAGAUGCAAGUUGGAUAAAACAGGGGGGUUGGAGAUUAAUGAUGUAAGUGGCAGUUCUUUAAAUCAGCUGAAAAGCGUGAGGAAUGAAGAGUCCUCAAUACUAACUAUUGGUCAAAGCUUCCCAAGUGGUUUUAAGUUUGGCUGCUUUUCCUCUCACUGCCCCAUGCCAAGUGCCACGGGGCUGGGACCUAUCUGUGCUAUGGCACCUCCCCAGUGUCUUGUACAGCAGUCUCUGUGUCCGAUGGGUCAAGUAUUGCCUUUGCAAUAGGAUGCUUUCCUAAAGAAACAGUCAAGGAGUUCCCACCGUGGCUCAGUGGUUAACGAAUCCAACUAGGAACCAUGAGGUUGCAGGUUCGAUCCCUCACCUCGCUCAGUGGGUUAAGGCUCCGGCAUUGCCGUGAGUUGUGGUGUAGGUCACAGACUCGGCUUGGAUCCAGUGUUGCUGUGGCUGUGGUGUAGGCCGGCAGCUACAGCUCCGAUUGGACUCCUAGCCUGGGAACCUCCAUAUGCCACAGGUGUGGCCCUAGAAAAAGACCAAAAAAGACAAAAAGAAAAAGAAACAGUCAAAACUUUGAAGAGACAGUUGUUACUGGUUUUUAUCAUAUGCAAAGCAUUUAUUGUUUUUUCUUUAUUUCUCCAAGUUUUGUUGAGAGGCAUUUCUGUUAGAAUAAAAAGUUAUACCGGUUUAUCAUUAUAGAGAACAGAGAGAUAAAAGACAGCUGGACUGUAUCUAUUUGUAUACUUCUUUCUGUUAUUUCAGGAAAAGAAGUUUCACAGAGUAACCCAGGCUGCAUUAAACUCAGUCAUGAUGUUUAAGAAAAACCCUGUAUUACUAAUAUAGGUGAACGACUUAAUUCCUUUUAUGUAAUUAAGAUCCUAUUUACAUAUAUUUAUAUCCUCUCUCUUCGUUUUUUAUGCACUUCCAAGUUUUGUUGGAAAAAUAGAAACCAAGCUAUUACUUAAAAGUUAGAAAAACACAUACAGUGUUUCAUUGUAGCUACAAGUUAUUCAUUGUAUAGGGAUUUGGAUAUUUCAUAGAACUGCAUUUCAGGAGUAAAUUAACCAAAUUUAAAGAAGUGUAGGAUGACUCUUUAAAUGGAUUAAAAUACAUUUCAUGUUCAGUUGAUAAGGUCAUUGAAGUGGGAUAAUGCAGUUAGAUAGACAAGCUAAAAAGGAAAACGAAUAUAUUUUGUGAUCCUUACUGUUUCAUUGCACUAUUCUUUACUGCAGCUUAGCCAUAUAUAUUUCUAUAUUCUGAGUAUUAAGCUGAUAUGUAGCUAAAGAUUUCCUACAGUUCUGGUAACUGGUAACUAGUGCUGUGGAAGGUUUUGGUGUUGUAACAUUCCCCAUGUUGUGAGUUAUAUAUUGUAUAUGAAAGAUGACUAAUAAAUUGGAGUAAUAUAUUUAUCUAGAGCUGGGAAAAUAUGCUAAUUAUUUUCAAAUCUUCAAGUAAGAUGUAUUGAAUUUUUUCUUCCUCUUAAGUGAGAUGAAAGUCUCCCUUUUAGGUUAAAAUGGCUAUUUAUACAACAGGUGUCUCCUUUUACUGGUUUUAUUAAUGUUCGUAUUAAAAUGUUUCUUAUCUUUUUAUACCAAAACCCCGAUCAUGCUGGUGACGCAAACUGCCACGAUGUAGUUUAGUUUGCAGGACUUUUGGCAGGCAAAAUAUUUAAUAACAAACCAGCUUUGUAUAUUUUAUGGCUUGGGGGGCAAGAAUUUUACCUUUGAAUCUCUAUAUGAGGCAGUGCUCUUAUCAGCAAAGUCAGUAAAAGACAGUGUUACUUACAAUCAUCAGUAGAAGGUUUUUACAAGUUGUAUAAAUCAGUGCAUUUAUUUAUUAUGUCGUGAAAUUUAACCUUUCUACAAAAUGCAUAUUCUAGCUCUUUUUUUUGUUACUGCUGUUGCUUUGAGUGUAAUAGCUCUGUUCAUGAUUCUGCUUGUGUACUUGAAGUACUCAUUUCUGUCAAACAGAUGCCCAGUUUUUUUCCAUGUAAAAAAAUGGUAUUCUUUACUGUCAGAGGUAACUGCAAAGUAAUAGUUUAUUAGGACUUUGUUAAAACAUAAUUUUCAUGGUUAAAAUAAAUACCGAAAAAAGGCAUACUAGCCAAAUUGAAAUAACCCAUCUUGAGAAUUUAAUGUAGUCAGGGAAGUCAUGCCAUAUUUUGCCAAUGUAUGUUUUAUCUUCAAGUCAGAACUUCUUUUCUGUGAUAAAUUUUCAAUUUUUGUUGUAAAAGAGAUCUCCGUGAUUUUACUGCCAAUAUGACCUUCAAAUCAACAUUAAGAAUUUUGAGGGAGUUCCCCCGUAACCUAGCAGUUCAGGAUGCGGGGUCAUCACUGCUAUGGCUCAUGUUCAGCCCCUGACCUGGGAACUUCUGCAAGCCUCAGGCAUGGCUAAAAAGAAAAAAAAAAAAUCUCAAACCCUCCAGAUUUCACAUACCUCUAGCUCUAGGUUGUUUCCAGGUGUAUAUUUUUCACAUUUGACUCUGGGAUGCUCGCUUCAGCGUGCGCAGGAGGGAUGGUGGUUUAUCUGCUUUGUUUCUCCAUUAAUUCAAUAGGAUUGUAAUUGGGUUUGGAAAUAUUUCUGUUUUAAACUCUUCUCUAGUCAACUUUUUAACAACUGAACAUUGAAAACAUGAUAGCCCAACAUACCACACAGAAUAAAGUCAUAUGCUUUCAAGGAAGACAAAUAACUGUUCUGACUUACCAUCGGGUACCAAAGAAAUCACUUUAACCAGCCCUACAUUCAACCAUAUUAUUGUUGUUCAGUGUAAGCAGUAGAUGAAUUCUAAACCGCUUAAGAACUGUAGUCAAUUAAGAAUUAAUUCCCUGUGAUUGUAAAGACAUAGGUUUUGGGAGUUCUCUGAUGGCCUAGCAGGUUGAGGCUCCUGUGUUCUCACUGCUGUGGCUCUGAUUGCUGCUGUGCAGCGUAGGUUCAGUCCCUGGCCCAGGAAUUCCCACAGACUGCCUGUGUGGCAAAAAAGAAAAAAAAUACAAAACAAAAAAUUAAAGACAUGGGUUUCAUCUUAAAUUUACUGUUGCACGAGCCACUCCGGAAGACACGAAAAAAGAAAAUAUAUGGGAAACAUUAUAUGGAAAUUGAAGGACAAAGGAGCUUGGGAAUUUGGGAAAGAUUGGAAAUGAAGAGUCUACACAUAGGCAUCUUUCCGCUUAUGGAAAUGCAAAACGUGUGUGAGAUGUGUGGUGGGCACAAUCACAAAAACAAAAAAGUGUCACACUGGGAAAGUCUAGGAUUGUGUCUGUAUCUAUUCAAAUACAAACAAACAAAAAAAAAAACCCAGCAACAACAGUGAGUUUAGGGAGCGCAUCCUACUGCUGAAAUUUAGAAGUCCGUGAGGGAGACAGUUCGGCUAUCCUGAUCAUUUGUGUUUAGUACACGAGGCGUGUUUUCUCAACUCCAGUGGGUGCUAUAGGGAGAACUCAGAAGGGCCUCACCAACUUCCCCACAAAAGAACUCUGGUAAAAGUAGGUGAAACCAGACCAUACAGCGUCAACAUUCUCACGAACCUUCUAAGCGUUGACGUUUGGUAGCAAGGACGGUUGGUCCUUUGAUUUGAAACAACCAAAAAAAUCUUCAAAUUUAAAGUAUUAUAAAUAGCUGAAUUCGGUGAUUCUGGAGAGAAUAUGGUUUUAGGUGUAUUGGGUUCCACAGCAGACGAGGGCAACGGCUCCCUGAGGCCCUUCUAGAAGCUCCGCAUUUUAGGGCCUUGCUUUCCCUCAUUGGAAAUAGCACAGUCUCAUCAAUUAUAAAUUCUUGGUCAUUUUUCUUUAAUGAAAGGAACUCUAAGUGUAAAUCAUACCUAAAUUUUCAACUUCCUUUCCCACUGUCAUUUUAGAUCUGAAGCAAGACUUCCCAGACUACCACAUGAAAAUUCAAAGUCCAAAUGAAUAUCCCUCGCUAUUCAUUUUAAAAAUGACAGUGAAGUUACAUUAGUAUUAUCUGCACUGAGUAGGUUAUGGGUAUUUGCAUCUGUGGACUGCAAGUUCUUAAUUAUUUUAGGAUAGGCUAAAAACUCAUUUCCAAAAUCUUCCAAAAUUUAGAGUAAUUCAAUAUUUUUAUUUGAAUAUUUUACCCAGAUGACCAUUUUAUAGCAGGGAAUAUAUAUAUAUUAUAUAUAAUAAGUAUAUUAUUUUUAAGCUAUAUAUAUAUUAUAUAUAUUGUUUUUUAAACUAAGACCAUCUCAACUUUUCUUAGAUUAGCUCCCCGGCGAGAAAAAUGUCUUUAAGUCACUGUUUUUUAAAAAAGGAAUACCAGACUCUUCUACCUUGUUUGAUCCUGUGAUGUCGCUUAUUCUCUAUACCAAGUGAAUUCUGAAUGGUCUCAUUACUGGUUUGACCCGAAACAUGGGUGGCUACCUACAGUCUCUGGUUAUGGAGGGGUACUCUCAUGAAGACUACCUGCAGAAAUUCCUGUAAAGAACCUAGCUAGAGGUUGUCAUAAUGGAAAUCAGAGUACAGUGAAGAGAAAGAAAUUAGAAUAAUCUAGCUAAAAGGAUUAAAUAUAAAUGAGGGGGAGAUGAAUAUUGACUUUAUUUUUACCAGACGUUUGAAUUCCGUCCCUCUCUGACCCUUGACUUAAAGAUGUCUUGCCACAUCUGGUCUUUAUUCUAACAUAAUACAAUAAACUGGAGCUCCUGCCGCAUCCCCCUCCUCUAAAAAUGCUGGAAGUGUAAGAGCAUAUAAGCUGCGUGACAUAAGGGAAAAGGCUGAAUCAGAACUCACUUACAUGUGUUUUGAUCCGUCUUAGUGACACAACUCAAGUGUUUACAAUAACCGGCUCUGACUGCUGAUUCCACCAUGAUUUGGUACCAUGACGAGGAGAAAUUAUUUUUCUGGCAGUUCGUUUGCCACGAUGACCUGAUAUACAGAUGACCGUAGUAUAAUUAAAAUUAAUUAUAAUUUUAACAAGAACCUGCCCUGUUGACAGAUUCCAUUGUGCCGCAGUUUUUUAACAUACAUUAUGAUGAGGAUGAAAGAACUGCAAACUCGAGCGGUUCUUUUGUUUCUGCGCCUCCUUUUACUUGAAAAGCUUUCAGAAGGCUUUUGAGAGAUGACACAGUUCUCAUAGCAACAUUAUGUGAUUCUCUUCUUCUGCCAAGAAACUCAUAGCUGAAAUAUGGAACAAAACAAAUGUCUAACCUGAUCUUGGUUUUGGAUUAUGGAAGGCAAAGCAUUUUCUAUAUCAAAGUUGCAUAUUUCAUUUUUUUGUCCAUCUCAGAAAUCGAAUCGGCAUUUUAUAUUCUAUUUCUAAUUAGUUGCAGUGAAGCAAAGCCAUAAUCCUACUUUCUUUAUCAGUACAAACCUUCACCAUUUCUCCCGCAUAUGCUUUCGCCAUAGUUUUUCGGCAACGAGUUUGCUUAAUUCAUUCUCCCCUACCUCUAGUCCAUCUUGCGCAUGAUUGACAGAAUGGUCUUUUUUUUUUUUUUUUUUUAUGGCCAUACCCGCAGCAUAUGGAAGUUCCUAGGCUAGAGGUCUAAUUGAAACUGCAGCUGCCAGCCUACACCACAGCCGCAGCCACAGCCACAGCCACAGCAACACGGGAUCCGAGCUGCAUCUGCCACCUACACUGCAGCUCAUGGCAACUCCAGCUGUGGAUCCUUAACCAGAGCAGAGUGGGGCCAAGGAUCAAACCUGCAUCCUCACAGAUGCUAGUCAGGUUCAUUACUGCUGAGCCACAUGGGAACUCCCAGAGUGGUCUUUUUAAAACACAAAUUUGUUUUGUCAUCCCUCUGCUCAAAAUUCUUAACUAGACUCCCUUCUUUACAAUAUAGCAAACCCAACUCCUUAGCAUGAUGGAGAAGGAUCUCUGCAACCUCUCUUCUCACCAUUUUUAGCAUCCUUACCCACCAUUUCCUCUAGAGGCCUUUUGUAAUCCAGGAAUUUGGAACUUGUCACAGUUCGGUGCUUUGGCAUAAUCAUAUGGCAUAGAUGAGCUCACUCAAGACUCAGCUUGCAUUUUACCUUCUGUGGCACUCUGACUUCUCAGUGUUAAAUAGUUCAUCCUUGCUCUGUAGUCUUUUGAAACUUCUACUAAAAUAACAUCCCAUUUCAAUAGUUCAAUUUAUGUAUCCACUGCCCCACAACUGAAUUUCUCUCUCUUUGUAGUCUCAGUGUUCAGCUAGCACAUAAUAGGACUUCCAUAAAUGUUUUUGAAUGAAAGAAGGGAAUAUAGAGCCCAGACUUCUCUGUAUUUCUAAACCAUCACAAGUGAAUGCUUUUGACUUCCCCAAGAGCCCACACGAAGGAUGUGUGUGUUUAGGAAGGAGCACGCAGGCGCUCUGGGAGAACCAAUAACACAGAACAGCAGGGAAGAGCCAUUGCUUUGGGAAGGAUAAGCAUCUGUUAGCUGUUGAGCAGAAAUGGUUACCAAAGCUGAAUUCUUGUUCUUAAAAUCGAGGCUUAUAAAUACAAUUUUCACAUAAGUGCUGAAUUCUUUUUAGGCUAUGCCCUCAAGAUGCCCUAAUGGUCUUUCUCCUUGGCAGAUAGUCCAAUGUAUACCAUCUACAUAAACACCGGCUCAUUACCAACACACAGGGAUGGACUUGAGAAAGAGUUUUUAAAAAAAUACAGUUAUGAAGGUGAAAUUUUCUGAAAAUAUUUUUCAACCAGAGACAGAGACUGAUUUUGUGUGGUUUCAGGUCAUUUUAUAGUCAGUGAUGAUUUCAUUUUCAUUAUGCAAAUGUAAGAUGGCAUGUUUGUCACUAUUAAUCACUGCAUAUAGAACAUAAAAAGUAUUACCUAUGUGUCUGUUUUUCUUUUCUGAAUCUAUAAAGCCUUUCUACCCUGUCUCCAAAUCAUGAUAAAAGGCAACACAAAAAACCCCUUAAAGGUAAUGAUUUUAAAAUAAGCUCAAUAUUGGCAGGUAAUGAAAUUAAAUGGCCUCUUACUUCACUCACUUAAUAGACAUUUUUCUACCUGCUCUACACUUGGCACUCAGUUAGUGCUGGGGAUACAAACAACAUAAGACAUAGCUCUUGACUGAUAGAGUUCAAGUUCAUUUUCAUCGUUAUUUCCCUACAGUCUGUUUAAGAAACUGAGAAGACAUGUUUUUAAACCAAGUAUUAUUUCUCAGGAUUUUUUUUCAAGACGUGGUCACCUUCCACUCAAAACACUAACAGAAUUCUGUGUCGUAAAGACGUCAUCCCAUGUUUAUGGGCACAGUUUUUGUACUUUCCAGUCAACCACAAAUACUGAGUGCUACAUGUCAAGUCCAUCUUUCAUCAAUCCUAUAGAAUUCCAUUUCCACAACCACAGGUGCUAUGUGGAAUCCAAGUGACUAAUGAAUUAGUAAGACACAAGUUAAAUUUCCAGUCCACCAUGGGAUGGCAUAUAUCCUUACUAAUGACACCUACACCAACAUAUGAGCUAUGCCUUGGGAACCUUCAGCAAAGAGAAUACGUUCUAACACAAUGCUUUCUGGUGUACUUCAAAGGCUCCAUGUGAAGUUAGGAGUUGGUGUUUCCACUUCGAUUAUUUUUUAUGGGGAGCAGAGAGUCAUGAUAUUUAACAGGAGCAUAUGUCUCUAAGCAUAUAGUAAAUAUACGACUGGUAUUUGGGGUGCCACAAUGCACUGAUACAUAGAUGAAAAAAACCAAAAAUAUUUGAGUUAUAAAAAAUUCUCUGAGUAUUUCCUGAGGGUUAGGCAAUAGGGUUCCUUUAUAAGACAGAAAAAACUACUGUCUGCAUGCAAAAAAUCUUCCUUGUGUGUACAUUUGCAUUUUGAUAGGCAUAUUUUGAAGUCACCGUUUCCCAUCAGUAUGAAGUAUCAACCAUCUCUAUGUUCUCUAGCAAAGGAAAAUUCUUAGUUUGAUACAGCUUUCCUCUGUGUUUGAUGUUGGGAAAUGUCCGCAAAGAAGGAGGCUCGGAAAGCUGGACACUUGAACCUUAAAUGCAGCAUAGUCAGCUUACCUUUCACUAAAAGAGAAUCCGUCAUUAUUUGCCUCCUAUUUAUCCUCAUGUUGAAAACCUAAAUGUGUAGUUCCUUUUGUCCCCGGCAUCCCAGAAGAUAUAGCUUCAGUCUAGCCUUUGCCAUAUUAUUUAUAGCUAAGAAUUUGCUACAUUUUGGUAGUCUGUUUUGAAACUUGUAUCUUAAAGAUGGAGAUCAUGUCUAUUUAUUACACAGUGGGCUCUGUUUGCUGCAGAAAAGAGUGAAACUUUUAAACUGCUUAGCACACACUUGCCAGUGAAAUAUACCUGACAGAGCAGAGGUUCUAACUUUGGCUCUACUGACUUUUAAUAAUGGUAAGAAACCGUGACUUUUGUUUGUUUACAUGCUGUUUACAAUGGCAUCAUUUUUUAAAUAUAUACAACAAUUGAGAUAUUUAUUGCAUACUAUUUUAAAGAUGUUUUAUGUGUUUUCACCUUUGGAAUAUAUUGUUACUGUUCCUUACACCGAUACUUUGGGUGGCUUUGUUAAUGUACCUACUAAUUUUUAUGACUACUAAGUGACCAGUUUUCCGUGCCUUUUAUUGUGGGAUGCAUGACUAUGUAUUUAUUGUAUGGAAGUCACGGAUGCGUGUAUUUUUGUACUUUGCCGAGAGUAAUGGUUGAUCUCGAUGGACGUGAUGAUGAGAGAUGCCUUUCCCAGGGGGCACUACCUUGAGAUCGUCCUUCUCAAAUAAAAAGAAUGCAUUUGGA